GCCCGGUAGCUCUUGGAGAGUCUUAGAGAGAGCCAACUUGAACCCUAUUCAGACCUUGCAUGAAGCAGGAAUCCACAUAUAUUCUCUAGCUCUUUCUCUGUGCCGUACGCUAGACUGUCACUAUCCAACUUCCCAUGUUCUUGGCUCUCGUGAACUCGUGAACAUAUAGGAAACAUAUAGGACAUGUCAAGGAGAAAAGUAUUAAAUACCUAUGUUUCCUCCCAGGUAACUGGUGAUUAGGUAACUUUCACGAUUGUCUUCAACCUUUCAGCUGUUCGCGAUCAUGAUGCUGUGGCGAUUGCUAUUCCCGGCUUUGGUCCUCAGGGCUGUGGCCAGACCCUCUCCGCAAACAUUGGGUUCGGGUGUCACUGUACUCGUCGAGAAUGAUCUCCAAGGUAUCAAUGGUCCCACUCCCAAUGCUGGGGUCUUGCUUCUGGAGGCCCAUUCAUUAGAGGAUGCCAGCGGCGCCUGUGAAGCAUUUGGCGAACGACUCUGGUCCCCUGAAACAGAUGCAACGGAGAUUCAAAGCGUAUUAAACUAUACGAAGUACCUGGAGUCAGGUUCGGGCCUCACUGAGUUCUGGAUAGCAUCUCAGAACGGCUCAGGCCGAACUAUUCGAGCGGAUGGCCUUAUGUCGGCUAUUGAACCAUCUCAGGCUACUCAAUUGCCAAUCUUGUGCACGCAGUCGGCACCGUACUCUAACGAGACGUAUGCAGACACGAGUGAAAAAUGGCAAGUUACGGUGAACUCCAACAACGAGAACAUCACAGGGUACCGUGAUCACCUCAGCUUCCGCUUCUUAGGAGUUCGCUACGCUCCGCAGCCUGAGCGGUACACGGAUUCUGUACCCUAUAUCGGCGCGGGCGACCAAGUGUCUGCAACAGAAUUUGGUUCCGAAUGUAUCCAAUCCGCGUAUGGAUUUGCUGGGUCUGAGGACUGUUUGUUCUUGAAUAUCUGGACUCCCUACCUUCCAGGGCCUAAUUCACCGAAGGAGAAGCUAAGGCCAGUAAUGUUCUGGAUACAUGGAGGCGCUUUCUAUGCUGGAAACGCCAACGACCCCAUCACUGACGGAGGGAACCUAGCGUCUAGAGGGGAUGUUGUCGUGGUUGGCAUUAACUAUCGGCUGGGCACAAUGGGAUUCUUGGCAUUGAACGAUGGCAAAACCAAUGGCAACUUCGGUAUUGGUGACCAAAUCAACGCCCUAGACUGGGUCAUAAAGAACAUACAAGAUUUCGGUGGCGACCCGAACAGGAUCACGAUAUUUGGGCAAUCCGCCGGCGCUAAUAGCGUUCGAGCCCUGAUGGGUUCUCCUAGAGCGAUCGGGAAGUUCAUUGGUGCGAUACCUGUGAGUCCUCUGGGGGGGAUAAACUACGGCGCAGAGUAUGGCAAGUAUUACACGAUCGAGGAGGAGAUGGAGGUGGUUGGAAAUACGAUUCUGGCCGAAACCGGUUGCGCGGACGCUCCAUCCCCAGUGGACUGUUUACGAGGUGUACCGCCAAAUGAGAUCGAGGCCUUGAGCACCAGGGCAAGGUUCCUGGUCGUCGACGGCACUUAUCUCACGGCAACCGAACUUCCAUUAGAGGGGCCUACCCUCCCCUUUCGUAUCAUGAUGGGCAUUACUCGCGACGAUGCGGCGCCCAUGGUCACUUUCCCCAACACCACAGACCAAGCAGCCUACCUCAAAGCCAAUGGAUUCGAAGUGCCCCCUUCAGACCUCUUUCCCAUCCCACCCAUCGCCAAUGAGACCUUGGCAUUAUUCCAGAUGGCAAACCAACUGGCGACGGAUGGCAUAUUCCGCUGCAUAGACCAGGCCACGGUGUACACGGGCCUGCGGAACGACAGGUUCCAGCCGGUCUACUACUACGAGUUCAACCGAACGUACGCGCACCCCGGCUGGCCCAACCUCGACGUGUGCGAGGCGCCCAUAACGCCCUCGCACCCCAACGGCGACCCAGACGGCGAGUACCUCAAGUGCCACUCGGGCGACCUCUACUACAUCUUCGGCAACCUGGGGCGCGCCGGCCUGCCCAUGCGCGACGAAGCGGACCUCCCCUUCGAGCAGUUCGUCGUCGACUCCUUCGCCUCCUUCGCCCGCUCCCUCGACCCGAACCCAACCGCCGACUUCCUGCAGGCCAGGGGCUACCUGAGCACCCUGGGCGAGGUGCAGCGUCCCGGGGGCACUUGGCUCCCGGCCACGAAGGAGGAGGGGGGUCUGACGAUCCGCACGCUGCAGUGGCCGAGCGUUCACGAGCCGUUUAAGGAGAUCAAGCAGUGCGAGGCGCUGGGGCUGGGGUUGGAUUAUUAUGGUAGGUAA